AUGCAAGUCCUCGGUAGUCCGAAGGUCGACUUCUUGAGUCUCCAACCACUGCCGAAGCCAGAUGCCUACAUGCAGCAGAAGUACGACGCCAUGGGUCUGCCGGAUCCUGUGGCCUUCGCUCUGCUCACUGCCCUGGGCGCCAUCAAGGACCCCAUGGGCAUGCUAAACGAGAUGAUGAAUGCCGCUCAG